AUGACCUCAAGGUUGAACAGUCAAUAGAAAAUUAAAUGCGCAUGCGUAAGUAGAAUUCCGUCAAACAGUGUUUGGCGCGCUGAUAAUACGAGGUUGCUUGAUCACGAUGAAAUUACUUCUUUCAUUAGUCAGUCGUCAGUUAUCGUUCAUUUCCCACGUUAAACACCACUACACUGCGACUGUGUAUCUAUCUCCAUUCUGAAAUGUCGUAUUUGAUAAAUAAUAAAGAAAUGGCUCGGCAGAACGGUAUUGUUCAACCUUUGCUAACUGAUUUAUACCAAAUAACUAUGGCUUAUGCAUAUUGGAAAUCGGGAAAAGUUGCUGAUACUGCAGUCUUUGAUUUAUUUUUUCGCGCUAAUCCAUUUCAAGGAGAGUUUACUAUUUUUGCCGGACUUGAAGAAUGUCUCAAGUUCUUAGAAAACUUUCAUUACUCUGACAGUGACAUUGAAUAUUUAGUUCAAACACUGCCUGCUGACAUUGAGCCUGAGUUUUUUGAAUAUCUAAAGGAUUUGACAUGCAAGGAUAUCAAAUUAAGUGCAAUUGAGGAAGGAUCUGUGGUUUUUCCAAGAGUCCCCCUAUUGAGAGUUGAAGGCCCCCUAAUAAUUACGCAAUUGCUGGAGACGACCUUAUUGACUUUAGUUAACUUCGCAAGUUUAAUGGCCACAAACGCCGCCCGAUAUCGAAUGGUAGCGGGAAAGAAUGUGUCUUUACUCGAGUUUGGAUUGAGAAGAGCACAAGGUCCAGAUGGAGGACUCUCUGCGUCUAAAUAUUCUUAUAUCGGUGGAUUCGACGGGACCAGCAAUGUUCUUGCCGGGAAGAUGUUUCACAUACCUGUCAAAGGGACUCACGCACACUCGUUCGUGACCUCAUUCAGCACCCUCGACGACCUACAUACAGUCAUACUCAGACACGCAGAGACACAAAAACAAUGCAACCUCCUCGAACUGGCCGUAGACUGGCGGAGGCAACUAUCGGCAGUCAUUGACGUGUCCCCAGAAGAGGCGAGCGAUGGUGAACUGGCCGCCUUGAUAUCCUACGCCCAAGCUUUCCCCUCGGGGUUCUUGGCAUUAGUGGACACUUACGAUGUGAAGAGGUAUAAUUUUCAAGGCUUACCGUCACGACACAGACAGCAUACGAAUGGGCAUUCCGGCUACAAUAGCAACUGUGGAUCCAAUGGUCGUAGAGUUCGAAACUCGACUAUACGUAGUACGUGUGGAUAUAGCACGGUCGAACGCACACUGAGCUACGCGUUUCUUAACAGGAGUGGUCUAUUGAACUUUUGCGCCGUAGCGCUUGCGUUGAACGACUGUGGAUAUAAAGCAGUUGGGAUCCGCAUAGACAGUGGCGACCUGGCGUACUUGUCCGUACUUGCUCGAGACACUUUCCACCAGGUUGCGGAGAAAUUCCAGUUGCCCUGGUUCACGAAUCUGACUAUUGUGGCAUCGAAUGAUAUCAACGAAGAGACCAUACUCAGUCUACACGAACAAGGUCAUGCGAUUGACUGUUUCGGAAUUGGAACCCAUUUGGUGACUUGCCAACGCCAACCAGCUUUAGGAUGUGUGUACAAACUAGUGGAGAUAAAUGGACAGCCCCGGAUCAAAUUGAGUCAGGAUGUGGGCAAAGUAACGAUACCUGGCCAUAAAGAGGCGUACAGGCUGUUCGGUGCAGAUGGGCACGCAUUGAUAGACUUGCUCCAACGUUCUACGGAGCCUGCGCCAGAGGUGGGGCAGAAAGUUCUAUGUCGGCAUCCGUUCCAAGAGUCGAAGAGAGCUUAUGUUAUACCGAGCAAAGUGGAACAUCUUUAUAAGGUGUACUGGACGGAGGGACGAAUAUGUAUCUACCCUAAGCCGCUAGUUGAGGUGCGAGAGAGAGUGCAGUCAUCCCUGCGUACUUUACGACAGGAUAUAAAGAGAAACCUGAACCCCACUCCGUACAAGGUGGCCGUCAGCGAUAAUCUAUACACGUUCAUACAUGAAUUGUGGCUUCAAAAUGCGCCCAUUGGUGAAUUAUCAUGAGAUACGUAGACAAUGAAUUGAUCUUGGCUAAAAAUCGGUGCGUUCAAAUUCUAAGCCAUAUCCUACGGGAGAUAAUAAAUAGGCUUAUUCCAGGAAAACAAAUUAAGUUAGUUAUGUGUUUGUAACACUGCUAGAGAUGUAACGUGUUAGUUCUGCCUACACGAAUUUUUAGAUUUCUACUUCACAUAUUCGCCUAGGUUUAUGAAAAUGAAUUCGGUGGAGCAAUGAAACAAAUGCUGUAUUUGUAAAACAAGGUUUUAUUCCAACUCUUGUUUAGUAGCAAAUUCGCAUAUCCACAUGUUUGUAAAUGUUUGAUACGGUAGACCGUACGUAAUCUAUAAUUCAUCUUCAUCUGGUAUUGUGUGUAAAAGUUAUUAUUAUUCCAAAAGAUAUAUAAUUUUUGUAUUUUAGAUACAUUAUGAAUUUCAUUUCCUACAACAAGUUUCUUAGGCAACAUUUUUAAACAUUUUUAGCGUUUAAUCUAUCUUAAGUCACUUACAUGACAAUGAAAUUCAAUAAUAUUUAUUUCUAUUGUAAUCUUUAAUCUUGUUUGAGGUACUGAUCUAUUAUUAUCCCAUUUCCAAAUAUUAAAAAAAACAUAUUAUAUCAUUGUGUUAGAAAGUAUUGCAAUGUUUUAAAAGACACGUAGUAGUUAUAAAAUACCAGAGAAAUCGUGCUUAUAUUGGGUGAAUUGUUUGCAUUUAGGCGUUUUAUAACCCGUGUGCUAAAAGUUUUAUUACAAUAGAACACGUUUUAAGCGUAUUUUACUCGUACCUACUAUUGGAUAAUUUAAAAUUUAUGCUGGGUAUCCGACUUAUUACAAGUCUCAGUCAUGUAUAAAGGAUUUUUGGAUUUGAAUAAUGAUUGCAUGUUGGCUCAGAAGCUCAGAAGUAUCGAAUCUUUAAAUAUAAUCAAUAUUCAUACAAAAAUUGAGUCGCUGGUGUCAUUUGUUGAGAGAAAAAUAAAACCCAGUUUUAACAGAAUCUGUGAUAGAUAUCCAAACAACAUUUUUCUACAAGAAGCAGUAACUAGUCAAAAUUAUUUAUAAAUUUCGCUAGCUUGUUAAUCGUUAUGAGCAUUCCUAAACCUCAGUAGUUUAUAGAUUUGAUAAAAAAAUAUGUUUGUGGUCUAAAAGUUAUAAUUUAUUACGUCCGACGUGACGGGCGGCGACGCGAAGGGUUUUGAAAUUAUUCCACCGCAAUUAGACUGUAAUAGGUACUCUUUUAGGAGUGUAUUUGAUUAAAAAAACGGUAUCUAACUUAAUAACAUUGAAACCAGUGUAACGUAGGAAUUCUUCCAGUUUUUUUUUAAACAAUUAAUUAGGUAUUGAAAUCAUCAUAGAUAAUUUAAAUUAUCUUUCACGCAACCACUGCACCGCGUUCGCAAUAAAUAAUAAUUAAGUUUCAUUAAGACUAAAUAGCUUUUACUUUUUUAUGUAUAUGUAAAAUAUUAUGUUUGCAUCGCCAAAGGCGUUAUAUUUUACUUUGUAACAAUAAUUUAAUGCCUAAUACAUUUAAUUCUUGGUACAAAAUACAAUCUAAUCUAAGAUAUAUUAUGUAAGUGUUUAGCUAAGGAGUAAGUAAUAAUAAUAAUAGUAAUUGAGUUUAUAUUU